GUCACAAUCACGUGACGUAGGUUUUACCGCGGGUUCCUUUAUUCAAUUCGAAUAGAGUUUAUUACACUACUGACCUAUUAAACUUACAUAAUUUGUAUGUAAGUUAUGAAAGUUAUGAUAAUUUACGUGUAACGAAACUUCGAUCGUUCGUGCGAAACGAGUAAGGUUAUUACAAUGAACGCCGCGAAUAUCGCAAUUAAAUUUAGGAAUUAGGAAAGCGUAGAUUUUUAAAUUUGGUGAUUCGCUAACUCGGGAAUUCGAAAAUCUCCUCAUAUCUAAAUUUGAAAUCUCUGCGUUAUUAAUUUGAAUAUCGCGACCUCUAAAUGAAACGGGUAUCGUGCACGACGGUAUCGCGAUGUGGGAUAUCCCCUCCAGAAAGUAAAACGACGGAGAAGUCGUGUCGAUGCGCUUCUCCGUCUACCUGGUCCCCAGUCGCGAUUUCAAAUUAUCCAGUACGAGGUGUGAGCUUUUUCCGUCGCGCGUUACGAGCGUGUUUUCCACCAACACGGCGAUUAUGUGUCCUCGCGUUUCGUUGUUGUUACUUUGCUCGUUCCUGUUGUUCGUCGGUCACCGAUGCGAGGAAAAUGUCACCAGUGCGACCGAGGAGAACGCGUUGGCGAAACUGGUGAAAAUGUUUUCGAAGCCCGGAGCGUUCAAACGAAUAAACGCGAUAUUGGGCGAAAAUUCCAUCGAGGAGUCUUCCGCGUCCUGUCCAAAGGGGGAGGAGGGUCUCGAGUGUAGGAGGGCCGAGGCGAGGAGAUCCGUCGACUGUCCGCAAGGUGACUGCUACUGUUACAAUUGUGCCGCAGCCGGUCCUGAAUUAUGGGCAUCGUGUUGCCGUGAAAGCUUACGUUGCUGUUCUCAUCUCGCCGCUGCAUGCCGAACCUGCGAUCAUCCGUCGUUGUAUCCGUUCUGUUCGAAGCACUUUAAAAAAUGUCUGGUCGAGCCUAACGCGAAGAAGCAAAAUUAACUUACGAUUCUCGAUGAAGGAUACAGAUCAAAAGGAUCAUUUGGAAACAAACGAGACGUUGGUUGAACUUUGACCCGCGAAAAGGGAGAACAGUGGUGGAUCAUUGAGUGAUCAUUAUUUUUGUGUAAAAUCGCGAAAUGAAAUUUUUCUAAUUAUUCGCAAGUGUUAUACCUGAUGUAUUUUAACCCUUUGCUUGUACGAUCAGGUGCAACGGACUUCUUUUGGUUAAGAGAAGCAGAAGGUCUUGCAAGAAAUUAGGGAAAAUAGGUACCUUGAGGGAAGUUAGGGAUUAGGAUAAUAAUAAAAACAGUAAGGUAUUUUACGAAGGAUAAAAUCCUGAGAAAGUCUAGGAACUUAGAUUUUAUAAUAUAUUGCUACUUUCAUAGAUGCAGAUCAUGGACAAAUGAGGGGUAGUAUAUUCCCUUAUGCUUUUCCGUAACUAAAGGAAGCCCAAUUUGCACGAGAGUACAUUGUACGGAUAGGGUACAAUCAACGCAUUGACAACCGGUGUUGUCACAUAUAAUUCGUAAUUUAAAAACUUGCUCACAUAUUUCAUAGUGGCAAGUGAAUUUGAUGGAAUUUGUGUAAAAAUUGAAUGGUACCGAUUGACAAUGCGUUAAAAAGAGCUUCGUUGGAGUUAAAAUGAUCGUAUAAAAUAAAAUGUCUACCAAGUUACGAACACAAAUCAUUUUAUAGACACAUCAGUUUCAUUUUCAUAUUGUACAUUGUUCUCGAAUCAGGUAAUGCUUUUGACUGCCAAACGAAUUGUUCGUUUCAGCGAACAGACGAGGGGCUGAUUGUUCUCGUUCGUUUGAAAAGAUUAUCGCGGCGUCUCGUUCGCUCUCGUUGAGAAUUUCGAGCGUAAUUAAACGUUCGAGUACGAGAAAACCUCGACAACUAGUCUCCCAAGUCACGUGGCCCGAGUAGCAGACCCAAGUAGCCUAACACUCAAUCGCUAUCGUAUCUUGCAUAAGUUGAAAGUUUUACAUCGAGUUUCUAAAUAUAGUACUUAUCUUUCGACUUGCUAAACUGGUCCCCGUGUCGUUUUUUUCUCUCUGCUAUUUCGCCGAACAGCAGAAACUAAGAUGCCGCGAUAAAUUCGUACCUGACUUCGCGAAACGUCCGAAAACUCGGCGUGUGUCCAUCAACGUGACUUCCUUUUGUUCUAUCUACAAACGACACUGCGAAACGUCAUCGAGAUUAUAAAGAAACCAAUAAAAGAAAGAACAAGAACAAAACGGGUGUUCAGAGUUUGUAAUGACGAAUUCUUGAGCGUUCUUUAGGUCAAUUUACAAACAUAGUAAAAAAUUAAUAGUACCUUCUAAAGACUAACGAUCGCAGGCGUGAUCCCGCUUGUACCUUAACGAUUACUUAAAAACAAAAACGUUCGAGACGCAACGAACCUUGUUACGGGCCGGAUGUAACACGCAGGCAGUUCGAUUUUCGUUAACACGCAAAAUCAUCGUUUACAAAGGUUCAUUCUCGGUUUAGAAGCGUUGCGUUUCUUUCGCGUCUUUGCUGUAACGGAGAUAAACUUCCUUCUGCGACUUCCGGUCUUACGCAACGCACACACAUAUGUAUAUGGAUAUAUGCAGCGCCGGCGGAAUAUACGGACAAUUCUCCACGGCAAAACAAAAUCUUUUAACAAUUAUUCCCCAUUGAACACUUUUGCGAACGAGUACGGAAUGUUUUAGAUCAAGCAACUACUUGGUAGUUUUAAAUUAUCAAAAUUUAAGGUACGUCACGCGACCACUUGAUCAUAUCCGAAACUUCCUCGAUCCGCACUCGUUCGCAAGGAUUUCAAUCUUAAAAAAUUAGAAAGAAACUGAUUUAAGCCGGCCCUGUAUAUAUGUAUACAGCAGCGAACGUUUCCGAGAACACAAAUAAAUCAUCACUCGUAAUACAAUCAUUGAUUAAGCUUUAUUCGUGUAGUCUCCAGAGUAUUCGGUAAAUUCUGUACUUUUUACUAAUCCUAGAGAAUUGUGGGGUGGGGGUAGGGGCAGAGAUUCUCGUCAGGUAGCCAGACAUAGAUACGCUGUACGAAAAUUCAAUUUUGCACAUCUUUUGUUAUCGAUUUUCUUUCUAGGCGUUCAACGUUUUAAUUCGUGUUCUGCGUCCCCACGAAAUAUCAACUUUCCUAAUACCUUAAAAAUAUUAUUCCAUGAUUUUCCAAGAUUUGUAUUGCUUCGCUGUCGAAACUUCAGUCCCUCUUUUUUUCGUUUUCUUUUUUUCGCAUGACCGUCCUGCGUCGUCGAAUUAGCAACGAGUUUUUUCUUUGCAGUUAAUGGACCAUUUUGUAUUCUCUUUUUCUUUCGAGGAAUGGGUGUAUAUAAAAUUAUACUUUCGCACUUGAGAGCGCUUCAGUUCGUGAACAGCACCACGCAGAGAUGAAAGACAAGACUAGAAAGGAAGAUAGGAAGAAACGUGUGUAUGGUUCUUUUCGUUCGUUUUUCUACUCGUGAAGAAAUGCACGACGCGAUUAUCCGCGUUGAA